AAGAGGAAGAAGAAGAGGUCCGCGCCGGAGGAGGAAGAAAACCUGACCUGGAGGGAGAUUUAAUUUUUCUGUUUGCGGAACACAAUGCAGCCUGAUCCAGACAUCCAGACAGUGUCCAAAGGAUAUAAUUGUAAAUUAUGCGACGUUAAAAUCCCUAACGAGGCAAGUUUAGAGGCCCAUAUGAAGGGGAAGAAGCACCAGCACCUGUGUAGAUUGCGGACGAAGAGGAAGGCUCAAGAGGAGAACAGCGUCUAUGUCAGCGGCUUCAAGCCCGACACGUCCACAAGCAAGCUGGCUGAAUAUUUCCAACAGUUCGGACCCGUGUCCGAGGUCAUCAUGGACAAGGAGCGGAGUCUGUAUGCCAUUGUGGAGUUUGCUGAGAGUGUGAGCACUGAGGCGGCGUUGACUCAGCUGCAGCAUCGUCUGGAUGGACUGAAGCUCCGUGUGAAACCCAGAGAGAGGAAGGAGUUCAAGCUGGCCAGCAAGGGGAAGCAUGACCGAACCAAACCUCACAUCAGCCUGGAGAAGCUCAACCAUGAGCUCUGCCUCACGUCUUCUGUAAAUGAGCAGAUGCAGAAAAUGGUGGAGAUUUUCCAGCUGAGUGAGAACGACAGUAAAGCAAGGGAGCUCCUCGUCCAGCUCCUGCAGGAGGUCUUCAUCGAAUUCCUACCAGGUUGUCAGAUUGUUCCGUUCGGCUCCUCUGUGAACACGUUUGGCUCUCACUCGUGUGACCUCGAUCUCGUCUUGGACCUGGAGAACACCAAAGCCUUCCAGAACCGCACCAGGAAGUCCGAGGAGCAGACGGCCGAGAACCAGUCGGAGGACGGCCAGUCAGAAGACUCCAUCCUGUCGGACAUCGACCUGGCCACGGCCUCCCCGGCGGAGCUGCUGGAGCUGCUGGCAGCCAUUUUGAGGAAGUGCACACCUGGAGUACAUAAGGUCCAAACAGUGAGCAGCGCACGCCUCCCGGUGGUCAAGUUCAGCCAUCGGCAGCUCAACCUGCAGGGAGACAUCACCAUCAACAACAGGCUGGCGGUCAGAAACACGCGAUUCCUGCAGCUCUGCUCGGGGCUGGACUCCAGGGUGCGACCUCUCGUUUAUACUGUACGAUUCUGGGCCAAGCAGAAACAAAUAGCAGGGAAUCCGUCCGGCGGCGGGCCGCUGCUCAAUAACUACGCUCUGACGCUGCUGGUCUUAUUCUACCUGCAGACGGUCAGUCCACCUGUACUGCCCUCUGUGGAGCAGCUCAAGAACAUGGCAUGUGAGGAGGAGGAAUGCGUCCUUGACGGAUGGGACUGCACCUUCCCUAGUCAGCCGAUCAGCGUGCCUCCUAGUAAAAACACAGACGACCUGUGCACGUUACUUUUCGGUUUCUUCACCUACUUCUCCAAGUUUGAUUUUCCUGGAUCUGUGGUGUCUCUGAGAGCCGGGCGUGUUCUUCCCAUCACAGACUUUCUGAGCAGAGAUGAUGAGCUGUCUGAUACUGCAGAGAGCUCAGACACCACCAGGCAGAAUCCAACUAUACGCCCUAAACUUGGACCUGUAAACAUCCUGGACCCAUUUGAACUCCACCAUAAUGUAGCCGGCAACCUUACCGAGCGAACACACAAGAAUCUUCGCAGGGAGUUUUGUGAAGCGGAGAAGUACUGCCGAAGCCUGCAGUACCAGCACAAGUCAUCCAAGGGCAAGUCCUGGGGGCUAGUCAAGCUUCUCGCACCGCAUACAGAGGGUCCCUCCGGCUCACAUGAUGCUAUAGAAAAAGUCCCGGAGAUCACCGUACCGUUCAGGGCAGACAUUUUGUCACCAUCUUUCCGUACAGAGCUGAGUUCAGCAGGAGAGGCAUUCCGAGUGCUUUGGUUCAAAAAGGUCUGCUCCACCUUGGAAGUGGUGUUCAAUGACAUACUCAAGUGUGCACCUUCAGAACAUGUUGAGAUCAGUCAAGAUCAAACCAGUGCCAAAGAGGAUACCAAAGAUGAGGAAGUGAACAAUAAUCAGAGUCUUGACAUUUCCUGCCAUCAGCCCAUUGCUCACUCUGGAAUAAAGAGACCCUUGGCGAUGGAAGAAGGUCCAUCCUCCUCUUCUUCACCCCAGGGAAAGAGGAUGAGACUGGAACCCUCAGCAGACUAUCCAGAGGUGGCUCACUGGAACUGGACUCAGAUACACCCGGUGUGGGCUGGCCGAAGAAAGAUCCGGAGAGUUUUACUAAAAACAAGCGAUGAGACCUCCAAGCCUGAAGGGGGCUGCAGCAGCAUUGAGAGCAGGGUGACUCAGUAUAUCAUAGAGAAUGACUCGAACCCCAAGGAGAAAGUGCAGUUCAGGGUGGAUGCUGCUGUGAGGGGCAGUGAUGAGUGCACAAAGGCGGUGCUCACGUUUAAAGCAACCGAUGAUCCUGCGGGACAUUUUCAAGACUUCUUCCAUUUUCUCGAUUCUUUCCUGCCCAAGAUGGUGGAAACAUUGUUGGCAAAAUCUGAAUAAUUAUUCUGUUCUUUGACUGCCCUUCCUGCACGUUUAUUUAUAUUAAGUAGAUGCUUAACAAAUAUUAACUAUAGUUCAGUUUGCCUUCUUUCCCUUAUCUGUACUCUUCUAAUCAUAUUUAGUGGUUAGUCCUUCAUUUCAUUGUUUAUUCAGGUUUAAAAAGAAGCAAGUUGUUUUGGUUUAAACUAAUUUGUAGUAUAUUUUGGUUUGUUUAUUGUCAAAAGUUAUAAGUGCAGGUUAUUAAACAUGAAGCUACCAGUUUAUGGUCUUCAGCUUCUGUUUUAGA